AUGACAAAUUCGGCGAAGUGCAUAAGCAUCGAACCAGGAUAUCGUCCGGGUUUACUGGCCCGAUGUCUCGAGAUGCACAUAAUCCACUAUCAUCCCGUAAACUCAUGGGGCCUCGCCUUUGAGACCUCGGUCGCCGCUGCUUGGGCCGACCUUAUCCAGAGACUCGAGACCAAUCCUCGGAAUCAAGUCUUUGCGGCAGUCCAAGAUACAGACGAUCCCGCCGCGUUCACGCAGAGGAUUGUGGGCACUAUCCUGGUUGACGCCGAGAACAUGAAACAACCUGGUACGGCACAGAUACGUGGCUUCAUAGUGGAUGAACGAGCCCGAGGUCUCGGUGUGGGCAAAAAGUUACUGAAUGCGGCCAUGGAGUUUGUAAAGGAGCAGGGUUUCGAUCGGGUUUCGCUUUACACGUCGAGGACGCAGGAGACGUCGCUUUUUCUUUACAACAAAGCUGGUUUCCAAAUCGUCGAGGACGUGGAGAAGGAUCUGUGGGGAUGGAAGACAAAUGAGUUGCAGCUCCAGUGGACGCGUCCGGAUUUGUUGGGCAGGACUGUAGAAGGAGAUAGUCGUAAAAUAGAGAGUAACAUAGAGAAACAACAGUAA